AGAGAUAUUUAUGAUGGAAUUCACGGAAUCGGACGGUGAGCAUGGCAAAUUUUACUCUACUGUACCUUUAGAGUAAAGAUAGAGGUAAACCAACGCGAGCAGAUAAACAACUGGUUGUUGUUAUUUUGUUGUCGACUGUUCAAACUUCAUGGGAGUAGCAUCAUGGACGAAGAGAUGUUAGAACUGAUCUGGACCAAUCAUGGCCCAAUAUUUCGGUAUUGGUUCACUGAGCAUCGAGAGAAGGAGCGGUACACUGAUGCAACAAUUGGGUGCGAAGGUAAAUUAUAUGCUGUUCACAAAUUGGUCCUAGCCACUUGCAGCAACUAUUUCGACGAGGUUUUUGAGCACACCGAGGGAAAACACCCAGUCCUUCUGCUUCAUGACGUUAAGCAGCAUGAAUUAGAAGCUAUUUUGUGUUACAUGUACACUGGGUCAGCUAAUGUGUCACAACUAAACCUCUCAAGGUUUAUGAUGGUUGCAAAGGCUUUGCAGAUCAAAGGGCUUGCAGUUCCUGAUGGGGAUUCAAGUGACCCUUUGGUAGCCGUAGAGAAUCCCCAGGUUGAUGACAACAAAGGCUCUUCUUCAGGAGGUUAUUGCUGGCAAGAGAGCGAGAUGGGAUCCAUGCAGUCAAUGUCGGACAGUUCUGAGUUGCAUGAAGACAUGGAUAAUGUACGACAGGGUGCGGGAGGUGUUGGGAAAAAAGAAGAUAUGGAUAGAAAGAAAAGUGACACCAAGGAUCAGUACUCCUUCCCAGGUUUUAAAUACAAAAGUGUUGAGGGUGCUAAUGAUGGUGAUCUGAUCAAGAAGAGAGAAGUUCUAGAGAAGAUAAUAUCUCAGACAGAAAGACAGUUCAUCACAGAUGGAAAACAAGGAAUCACGCAAGAGAAAGCAGGGAGUUUGCAGCAAGACAGUGCUCCAACAAUUAAAACUGAAGUUGAUGAGUACAUUGAUCAAAAGAAGCCGAUGAAAAAAGAAAAGCUUUCUCCAUCAGAGUGUGGGUCCUCAAAAAUCUUUAAGGGCACCAUGAAAAGGAAUCUGAAUGGUCAGAAGAAGAGCAGCAUCAGCAAAGUGAAAACCAGUAAGUUUAAGAGUAUGAAGAAACACCUUCUCUCUGGGGAGAAGUCUUACAAAUGUCUCCAGUGCCCCGCCUCUUUCACACGCAAGUAUGCACUUCGUCGCCACGUACAAAACCUACAUGUUGAUGUGGAAGGUUUUGUCUGUACUUACUGUCAUGCCAAGUUUGCGAGCAAGGAGUUCUUGACGCUACACAUGGAAACACACGACAAAAGCAAACCGUACGUGUGUACCCUGUGUCAUGCUUCUUUUUCCCGCAAAGACAAAUUGACUGUUCACAUAAAAAAUCACGAGACUGAAGGUAAAGGCAAAGUGAUAGCUCAGGUCAAGAAUUUCAGCAGUAAAGUAUUUGUGUGCAAUGAGUGUCCAGCCACAUUUGAGAAUCAUAGCCUGUUUGUUGAACAUAGCCAGAUGCAUGCAGGUGAGAGACAGUUCCCUUGCACUGUCUGCCCAGCAGCAUUUGCAAAGAAAGUCCACCUAAGUAGGCACUUCUUGACUCACAAAGGCUUUGGGUCAAAAGACAAGCUUCAAGAUUGUAAUUGAUUUUUAUGGUAAAAACGGCAUAGUCAGAUAUUUACAGUACUGUAAAAAUAACUUAGUCAAAUACUUACAACAGUUAGUUCAUGGAACUUAGUAGUUUUUCUUUGUGAAAUGCCAUCCCAGUUAAAAGUCAUUUUCCUUCAAGGUAGAAAUGAAUACAGGAAUAUUUAACGAGUCCAGGUGUGUCUCUGUUGUUACGCUAAGUGAAUGAUUACAGAAUUGUAAGGUACUUUUUUUAUAUAUCUUAUGUCUGAGACCAAAUUUUAUCAUUUUUUGAAUAUUUUUAUGUAUGAACUGUCAUUCCUGCACUGUUAUUUACUUCAACAGCAGUAGCAAGAUUCACUGAAAAUCUCUUAAUCAUAAUUUCUGCUUUGUAAAUAUAUUGCUGUACAUUUCAUAAAGAUGUCGGCUGCAUCCUUUUUUAUAAUUCUGCAAGUUUUUAUGCAGUGUACGUAUCAUAAAUGUAAAUGUCCUUGUUUUCCCCUUCUGCUACCUCUGCUCAUGUUCACAUCAUAGAAGUCUUGCCCUUCCUCGAGUAGGACUGUAUGUGUCAGAUAAAACUACUUUAUAAUUUAAAUGUAAAUUUCGUUAAAGUUCAUGAUUUGUAAUAAUGACAAUUAUUUUGUCACUUAAAAACUUCUACUUGUUACAUCAUGAAGUUUCUUUGUAUUGACUUACAAGCUACAUCAUGAAGUUUCUUUGUAUUGACUUACAAGCUAAUAAGAAAAGGUUUUAGUUUUAGUGUAGGCAUAAAAAUUUUGGGGGCAAUUUUGUACUAUUAUUACAGUUAAUGAUUUUCAGUUACAGGUCUUGGUACAAUUUUUUUUUACUGAAUUAUAUGCUUAUAAUUAAAUUUUUAGUUUUAGCUUAGCCAUUAAAAUUUUUGGGACAUUUUGUUUUCACAGUCUGUCAGGUCUGUUUUAAAUGUUAACGAGAUAAUUACUAAGAAUUUUUAUUAUAGUAUCUCUUUAGAUGUACGUAAUACAUUAUUUAAAAACUGUAUCAUUAGUUAUUAAUUUUAUCAUACCUAGUCAGCACAGCAACAAAGAUAUGUGAAACUAAAUAUUUAUGUACUGUAGUUGGCUAAAACUUUGUUUAAAGCUAGGAUCACAUCAGGCAAGUUUUCAAGGGGGAGUAGCAUUGAAUAUAAAAAGAGCCUCUUAGUGUACUCACUCCUUUCCCAUCUGUGCCAUUUGAGUCAUAUUGCUUGGGAUUUGGUAACUUGGUUGUUACCUCUUCAUGUGGAAGAUUCCUGAUAAUGUGUAAGCAAAAUAGAAUUUAAUGAUGAGUGGUUGAAGUUAGUAUUUAAUAAUGAGUGGUUGCCCCAUUGUCUGGAAAUUUUGGUUAAUUGCUUCCCCAUACUUUUGAUUAUGGUGAUCUUUUUCAUGUUAUAAUUUUUAAACAUGUAGGUAUGGGUACUGUAUAUUUUACCAUAUCCAUAGCUACUGUGCUAUAUACUAUUUGUGAUUGUUAUAAAGAUUUUACUAACAUAUGUUUAAGAUUAACAUAUGUUAAGGAUUUAUGAAAAUUUGCUGGAAGCAAAAUAGUCAAGUGUGCCUUCUUCACUGCUUUUACACAGGACAAUGCUUACAAUGUGCCUUGUCUUGCACAAUGUAGACAUUUCUUAAGGUUCUUUGUAAGAUCCCCUCAGCUUUCAUCAACAUUUCUUUCUGUAUGUUACUUUCAUGUUUCCUUUGGUUUUCAACUACUUUGGAAUAGUAAUUCCAAUUUACCCCUCUAUAUUAACCCUUUGAGAUUAUGAGGGGGUUGGGUCCAAAACUUCUAUGCCAUAAAACCUUGUCUAUACUGGCCUACCACUCAUGGGUAGUAAUAAUUUUGCUUAUUUUCCAAAACUCAAAAUUAGUCAAGGACAGAAUAAUACAGAGGGUUAAAAAAAAUUUUGUGCCAUAAAAUGUAUGGUAUAAUUUCUUUCCUAAUUUAUGCAUUAUAUUGCCAUUUAUACAUUUUACUGGAUACAGGUCCACAAUGCCCUAUCUGAAACCUUUGGGCCCAACUAUGCUUUGGUUUUUGGAAUUUGGAACUAAAGCUUGCUCCAUAUACACACUUAACACAUUUUACUUGAAACAAAACCUUAAUAAAUCUUAAAAAAAAAAAAAAAAAACAGCCUCAAAAGAGCUGCAACAAUUUUGCACCUAAAACAUAACUUCAUCACAAAUAUCACAUAUGUGAGUUGCAUGUUCAGUAGAUUACUGUAGGUUAUGCCAAUGGUGCUAGUUUCAUUUUCAGUAGAUUAUACUAUGCUCUGCCUUUUUUCAGUUUUGGCAGAUUCCACUGAUAGUGUGAAUUACAUCUAAACUGGUUUUUGACUGACUUGUAUGCUUAGAAGCAAAAGUUACGUAUGGUGAAUGUGAAUCAUCAUACAUUGAACUAUGUUUAUCAAACUUGUGGUUUAUCUGAUAAUGCAUCAAUAUUUCUUAUAAUUAACAACCACUUACUUUCCAAGCGCCUCAGUGUUGUGGUCGGUAUGGUGUUGGCGUGCCACCUCGGUGGCCGAGAGUUUGAUUCUCGGGCAUUCCAUCGAGGUGUGAGAAUCGUGUAUUUCUGUUGAUAGAAGUUCACUCUUGACGUGGUUCAGAAGUCACGUAAAGCCGUUGGUCCUGUUGCUGAAUAACGACUGGUUCCACGCAACUUAAAAACACCGUACAAACAAAACAAAAAACAA